AGUGUAAAGUAGCUCACUGUGAAGAUAUUGAAAAUCGGAAGCUUUCUGAUUCCAUAGCGCACAGUUUAUGACUAACGAAACAUGGUUUCUGUUAAUAUGAUAAGUGCUAAACUAUCAGACUUACAUGACAACAUUGCGAAAUUGUCUCAUGAAUUGGACCUUAAACGUAAGGAAAAGGAGUCUCAAAGAAGUUUUGUUAAAAAGCUUGACUCAGAAAUCAAAGAUAAACAUAGAUUUCUAGAUAGCUUAGAACAAAAGCGUGAACAGCAUGAAAAAACUAUCAGAGUUAAUACCGAGCGCCUAUGUGAGCUUCAAAAAUCAGCUGCUGAGUGUCAGAAAGCCCAUGAAUCUCUAGAAAAACGAUUAGAAAGUCAAGAACAAUCAAUUCGUUCUCUCGAAGAUGAAGUUAAUGAAGCACAAAGUCUUGCGAAGUCUUCAGCCCAUGUUUACGAUGAGACUCUUAAGUUACUACAAGAAAAAUUGGAGAUUUUGGAAAAAUAUGAUCGGAAAGAAGAAUCCCUUACCAAGACUAUCAAAGAGUUGAGAGAUGAAGCUAAUUUGCAUGGGAACAGACUACGUCGCAUUGAGACACAAGGAAACGAGGCAAAUAAACGCAUAGAAAUGCUGGAGGAAAAAAUCAGGGAACUGACAGAACAAAUUAAUUCCGUAAGUAACUCAUGUUUUUCUUAUUUACAAGGAGAUUUGGGGAGUCUAAUUUUGAAUUAAAAGUAGAACACCCAUAAAAAGCUUAUUAGUAAGAUUCUAUUUCAGCCUUCAUCUGCUGACAGCGUUAACUAAUGUAUAUAAGUGUUACUGUUUUGGCCUUUUUGCUGUUAAUAAUUUUUAGGAAAGCAUAUCCUUGUAUGGAUAUCUCAUGUGUACAAAAGGCAAGUGGUGAAUAGCAUUCGGGGCUAAUUUUUACUGUAAGGUAGUUUAUUUUUACUCAUCAACCAGGUACGUGUUCAUGUGCUUAACUAUCAACCACAUUGUGAUGACUAGCGAUACUGUCCGGUUUUUGGAUAUAAACUAGGUGGAUCGAGCUUCGGACCUGUGACUCAGUGGCUUAAAGUCAAACCACUGAUCCAUCGCUCCAUUUACAAAAGAAAAAGUCACAACCUGAUGUUUAUAGUCAUAGUUGCAAAUAAAAUACCAUCGUUUUCAGUCAUCUGGCUAAUUAAUUAUCGUUUUUACGACUAACGAAGGAAUAUCGCAAUGAUCUGCUUGUUUAUCAAUACUUUAUGCAAGUUUCAGUACGAACAACUGCAGAAAUGAAGGCUACUCAACGAGCUGUUCGUGCAGAAGAAGAAUCUGAAAAUCUAGCCGGUGAAUUAACAAUUCUAGAAGACGAAGCAAAUGAAUGGAAUGAGAAAUCAAGUAAUGUUCAAGAACAAAUUAACAUGGUUCGAAUCACUAUCAGUGAAGCUUAAUUAUCACUAUCUACUACUACUACUACUAUUGGAUAUAUAACUCGACCAUACUCUCUACGACAUCUUUUUGUUCCUAUGCGCUGUUGUUAGGACAUUUUAAUUGAUUUUUUUUAAGAGUUAAUUUAGUGUUUUUAUGAAUUUCGCUACUGAUUUUUUUUCCUAUUUCUUUCGUGCACAAUUUCAUAUCGUAUUUUUUCUUUCUGUCUCCAUUGAAUACUUAAUAUUAUUAUUAUUUCUAUUAUUAGAAAUGUAAUUCGGUGCACUCGGAAUAGUGUAUACACAUUCACAUUCCUUGAAUUAUAAGCGACUCAAUUCAUUUCAUUUAAGCAUCAUUAGUAUUGAUUCCAAUAUACACAUUUUUGGUCUUUUAUUUCUUUUCGAAAAAAAGAGGUGCUUUUUGCUUCGUUUGUUUGUUCGUUGUUUUUUUUUUUGCUUGUGAAAGAUUGUUUUCUUUGUCACUCCAUUUGUAUUCACAACAUUGUGUAUGCCUUUGUUCAAGUGACAAGUAAUGAAUCUAUUUAAACAAUAUUGAUAACAACAUAAAAUGAAGCUUAUAUUGAA